AUGGAUUAUGAGCCUUCUGGGACAGUCAUCCCUUCGGCUGGGGGCCCCCUGUUUGCUCCCAAUGCCACCAUGCCCUGGCUGGGCAGGGAUGAGGAGCUGGCCAAGUUGGAGAUUGGCAUCCUGACUACUGUCCUGGUUCUGGCCACAGGGGGCAACCUGGCUGUACUGUUGACACUGGGACGCCAGGGCCGCAAGCAUCCCCGCAUGCACCUGUUUGUGUUGCACCUGGCCUUGACUGACCUGGGUGUGGCCAUCUUCCAGGUGCUGCCCCAGCUGCUGUGGGACAUCACCUACCGCUUCCAAGGCUCUGAUCUCCUCUGCCGGGCUGUCAAGUACCUGCAAGUGCUCAGCAUGUUCGCCUCCACUUACAUGCUGCUGGCUAUGACACUGGACAGAUACCUGGCUGUCUGUCACCCCCUGCGAAGUCUCCAACAGCCCAGUCAGUCUACUUACCCUCUCAUUGUUGCUCCCUGGCUACUGGCUGCCAUCCUCAGCCUCCCUCAAGUUUUCAUUUUUUCUUUGAGAGAGGUGAUCCAGGGCUCAGGGGUGCUGGACUGCUGGGCAGAUUUCUAUUUCUCUUGGGGGCCACAGGCCUACAUCACCUGGACCACCAUGGCCAUCUUUGUCCUGCCGGUGGUCAUCCUCACAGCCUGCUAUAGCCUAAUCUGCCAUGAGAUCUGCAAGAACCUUAAAGUCAAGACCCAGGCUGUCAGGGAGGAAGAAAGGGGCUGGAAGACUUGGAACAAGUCUUCAUUAUCUUCUCCCACUGUAGCCACUAGGGGGCUGCCGUCCCGCGUCAGCAGCAUCAGCACCAUCUCUCGAGCAAAGAUCCGAACUGUGAAGAUGACUUUUGUCAUUGUGCUGGCCUACAUUGCUUGCUGGGCACCAUUCUUCAGCGUCCAGAUGUGGUCUGUGUGGGACAAGAAUGCCCCUAAUGAAGACUCCACCAACGUGGCUUUCACCAUCUCGAUGCUCUUGGGCAACCUCAGCAGCUGUUGCAACCCCUGGAUCUACAUGUGCUUCAACAGACACCUGUUACCACGCUCCCUGAGUCGCCUUGCCUGCUUCCAAGGUUCCCAGCCCCAAGUACACAGGCAGGUCUCCAACAGCAGCCUCUCUAGCCGCCAUACAACACUGGUGACCCACUCCAACAGUCCAUCCACUCUCCGCCUCAGCCUUAUCCUCAGCCUCCAUGCAAAGCCCAGGUCUGCAGCAUCACUGAAGGACUUAGAGCAGGUAGAUGGAGAAGCCACCAGGGAGACCAGCGUCUUAUAG